AAGUUUCACAUCCGCAAGAGAGCGGCAAGACAAGACAAGGCAAGACCAAAGCGAAGUAGGCGAAGUGUCGCGCGCGAACACGGUGUGCUGCAGGCGAUGACCGCAUUCAUAUGAGUUUUUUUUUUUAUAUUGUGAGAGUGCUGUCGUGUUCUUCGUCCUAUAAGGGUGUGUUCAAAAAUGCUGCAUAGGUGAACUAUUCGAAUAAACAUAGUGUUGUGAUUGUGUUACUCUAUUCUACUCCUUCUAAACUAAUCUUUUAAAAGAUUGUAAAAAUGCCUUGCUCAGCGGUAACUCUGUCUAUAGCGACCAUUACAGCAAUCGUGGCUGCUGCUUUGAUGGCCAUUGCGUUUUCGACAGACAACUGGUUAUACAUUGAAGUUAAACGGAGUAAUAUCCAGUCGUACGUGACGAGUAACACGGACAACUCUCAGGCGAUACUGGAAAGUCUCAACAACAAGUAUUACUUCUACACGCGUACCCGGGGCCUUUUCCGAGUCUGCUACCCUAAGGAGAGACCGCCUACAGUUGAGAUCUAUCUGUCGCCUGUGGAGACUCACUGCAGCAAUGUUGACUACUUCAUACCCGACGAGAACAACGAGACCAAAGGAUUCUCUGACGACGCCAUGAACAGGUUGCAUAUGGCGCGGUCGACGGUGGCGCUGUUCAUAGUGGCAUUCCUCGUGCUUUUCAUUGCAUUCUGGACAGGAGUGGUCGGCUGCUGGAAGCGCAGCCCUGGCAAUAUUACCGCCACAGCUAUACUCAUGCUUGUCACAUGUCUGCUGUCAGCGGGUGCAAUGGCUCUGUGGCACGGAGUGGAGUUUUACGAAAAGGAGAAGGUCGUUGGUGAGGAGUACUAUCAGCAGUGGCCCAAUGUUUUAAAAGACAACUCAGCGAUUUGGUACGACUGGUCGUACAUACUCGCUUGGUUAGCCGUCGGGGUCUCCUUCGGAAGCUCCAUACUAUUCUUCUCGGCGGCCAUUUGCCUCAGCAAAGAGAAGCGCCGCGAACAACAGAAUAAUGUGCAGUACAUAAUGCCAGUGUACCCACAAAAACAGCAGUACGCGUACGCUGGAUACCCGCCGCCUCAAGCGUACCCCGGACCUUACUACCACGGCUCCCAGUACGGGCCCUACAACUACUGA